ACAAGGAUAAGCCGAACAUGGCUUUACUGCAAUUCCCACUACUACUAAAUUUCCGCUCAUCUCCUUCACCGGGAAUUUCAUUUACCCGCGGCCGGGAUUUCAAAAUCCGAUGUUCCAAUGAACGUCAGGCGCUUUUUAACCGCAUUGCUCCUGUUUAUGAUAACUUGAAUGAUUUGCUGAGUCUGGGACAACACCGUGUUUGGAAACGUAUGGCUGUUUCAUGGAGCGGGGCGAAGGGAGGGGAUACUGUGUUGGACAUUUGCUGUGGAAGUGGGGAUUUGGCAUUUCUUUUGUCUGAAAAAGUUGGCGUUGAUGGGCAGGUGCUUGGUUUGGAUUUUUCGAGGGAACAAUUGUUAAUUGCCUCAUCACGACAGCAAGAGAGGUCAAGUGCUUGCUACAAGAACAUAGAGUGGCUGCAAGGUGAUGCACUUAAUUUACCAUUCCCUAAUGAUACUUUUGAUGCCAUCACUAUGGGCUAUGGAUUGAGGAAUGUUACAGAUAAAGAAAGGGCUGUACAAGAGAUUUUCCGAGUUCUUAAACCAGGGUGUAAGGUUUCUAUCCUUGAUUUUAAUAAAAGCAACCAACCAGUCACUGGAUUGAUACAGGUUGUUGCUCUGGAUGCAGUAAUUAAUGAUGCAAAUCGAAGAAAAGAAAUUUCUCGUAAUAUUUUUAUUAUCAUAAUCCAGGAAUGGAUGAUAGACAAUGUGGUUGUUCCGGCUGCUACUGUCUAUGGUCUGGCAGACGAGUACAAAUACCUGAAAAGCUCAAUUCAGGAAUUUCUGACUGGAAAGGAAUUGGAGCAGCUUGCUCUUGCCAUUGGAUUUUCAGAUGCCAAGUUUUACGAGAUUGCUGGUGGACUGAUGGGUAAUUUGGUGGCUACUUGCUAAGCGGGUGUUUGACCUUCAUAGAUCAACCAUUUUGAUGGAAAGAUUAUAUAACUGUAAUGUGUUUUGUGUACUAUGAGUUAUUAGGUUUAAUUGCUCUGUGCUUUUUUUUUUUUUUUUUUUUUGGUUCUACUACAUAUUGGAUACAUUAUUGAUGUCUUGAGUUUUGCUGUCACCCCAUCUGAAUUUACUCUUAUUUUCUGUUGGUCUUUGCGGCAUUUUUUUAUCCUGGAACUUUGAAAAGUUAGAAUCAUGAAUGGGAAUUUUUGUUCUUGCUUUUCA